AUGGCAGCCAUCGUUACCUUCUUCCGCCUCCUCUUACUGAUCUGCUUCGUGCCGGCUCUUGUCCCACAGGACACUGUCUUUGACAUUGAGUUGGUCCACCGCGACUCCCCCAAGUCGCCACUGUACAAUAGCUCGAUGACACCCUUUGAUCGCCUACAGGCCGCCACUAUUCGCUCAGUCAACCGAGCUAGCUACUUGGACAAGCGCAUCACCAUGAAGACCUCCGCUGACAUGGAGAUCGGCUUGCGCUAUAUUGAAGGGGAAUUCUUUAUGCUGAUUAGCAUGGGCAUGCCAAACUCGCAAUCUGUGUGGGGCAUCAUCGACACCGGCAGCGAACUAAAUUGGGUUGACUGUGAUGGCUGCCAAUGCUCCAAUAGGAACACCACCCUAUUCAAUCCUAAUGCAUCCCUCUCCUACAAGAAGUUAUCUUGCUUUUCCGAUGAGUGUAGGAGCUUGAGCAUGGGUCGUUGCAAUGAUGAUGAGAUGUGCCAGUACCAUGCCGCCUAUGGCGGUGGCUCCAACGUCGACGGAAUUUUAUCCUCAGAAACCUUGCAUUUAGCCUCAUUAGAUCCGUUCCAAUUAUUCUUAAUUCCAAAUAUGACAUUCGGUUGCAACUUCCGGUCUGUGAAGACUGGAAUUGCCAACCCUAGCGGCAUCAUUGGGUUGCGCCCCAAGCCUCCAUCUCUGAUCCACCAGCUUGCCCCUAAGUACAUUAGCAAGUACUUCUCCUAUUGCCUGGACAUGCUCGAUGGGGGAUUCAGUAGUAGGCUCUUCUUGGGACGCGGCAAACCGACGGUCGUCGGAAAUAAGAUCGUCACGCCGCUCAAGACGCAAGACAACUUCUACGCUGUGCAACUUAACACCAUCUCGAUCCCGGAUGAGUUUGACAUCUUCCUUACUACGAGGUCCAAGUUGAGCGCCGGAAACAUCAUCUUCGACUCUGGCACCGUCAUGACCAUGCUGGACAAUGAAGUGGUGGACCAAUUGGUGAGGAAAUUGAUGGAUUACGUUAACUUGCAGACUGUGAGGAUUGACUCAUUCAAAUUGUGCUUCACGGUGUUCUCGACAGAGGUAGAGGAGAGGCUGCCGGGGUUGUCGUUCUCGUUUGAUGGGACAUUGGGGAACUUCAGGAAUCAACAAAAACUGAACAGAAAUCAAAAGAGAAUUUGCUCUGCCGGAAUUGCAUACACCACUGAGACUGAGGUUGCUGGAAUUCCUGCCUUCGAAACGCCGUCCACGGGAGUUUACCGCAGCAUCAGUCUUGGAUUUGCUUUAGUAAGUUUUGCCGGAAUUGAAGAACAGAGGCUGAGCUUGAAGAUGAUGAAAUUCUGCCAGAGUUGGAUACACCACUAA